AUGGCGCAGCAGGCGGGGCCUCGUAUCUACUGCUGCUGCAAAUGCCAGAACCGCGUCUCCGUCCACGAGGAUAUCGUAUCCAAAGCUUUUCAGGUGAGUCUCCCCUCUCACGCGAUCUCCGUUGUUGAUUGAUCCACCAAGCCAGCGCAGUUUGCCAAUCAACUAUUAGUUUCCUUCUCCUCAGCCUAUGCUCGAUCCUUGUUUGCUUCUCUCUCUCCCUCUCUCUCUCUCUCUCUCUCUCUCGCUUCUUUUUUUUCUAGGAUCAAGGAACGGAGGUCGUACAUAAACUGCUUGCCCUCAAGUCCACGCGAUCCGCGUCUCGUCAGCUAUCUCCAUCAAUUAGAGAUCCAGACACGAGUGAAUCUCGUUUCUCUAAGUCGAUUUCCGGCGACAAUUUUAGGGUUCCAACUAGUUCUAAUUUCUUCCAGGGGAGGCACGGCCGGGGAUUCCUAUUUUCCCAUGCCAUGAACAUAGAUUUGGGGCCGAAAGAGGACAGGCAUCUCAUGACCGGCCUCCACACCGUCGCCGACGUAUACUGUAAGGAAUGUCAGGAGGUGCUUGGUUGGAAGUACGAGAGAGCCUACGAGGAGACGCAGAAGUACAAGGAAGGGAAGUUCAUCCUCGAGAAAUCAAAGAUUGUGAAGGAGGAUUGGUAG